AUGAUUUCCGAUAGCGACAUCAUUGCUACCUUCUCUCCAGAUUCACAGACGUUUGCCUUCAGAUCGAAUGGGCUACAAAGAAAAUAUGUGGACUUGUAUCCAUUGAGCGAGGCAAGCGAUUACAAGGUGACAAGUUCACUUGUCAAUCACAUCGACUAUGAGAGUGGAGACUUGAAGCUAGAGGACUUGAAGUUUACGACAUGGUGCUUGAGCAGCGUCGAAAAAAACGAAUUAUUUUCGGGGAAAACGAAACGUAGAUAUUCCGAGAGUGAAGUGGAUGGCAAGCUAACCGAGGCCUACUUCGUCAAUGCUUUUAGCGGUGGAAAAAUAGUUGUGUUUUCUACCUCAGGGAGUGAAAUCGCCAAUAUCAUUCAGAAUAAGCGCGAGAUUCUUGGCAUGGAAGCUUCAGGCGCCUCAAUAUGGAUCGUGGAUGAUGAAAAAGUUGUGAAACAGUUCGAUUACAAGUCUUCAAAACCUUCAAAGACCUUUCACCUCGUGGACGGCAAGUCUGACGAGAUUACCAAUUUUCAAGUACUGGAGUGGCAAGACAAAGUACUACUCGCUGUGUUCACGCCGACGAACCUUUAUAUUGUGGAUCCUUCUAAGAGGCGACCUUCCACGGUUGUUAAUAUGGAUCUUCCUAAUGGCAGGUGUUGCGUUCUGGGAUCUGACAGUCAGUUAGUGGUCGCCGGGAUGGAAGGUAUUCACAUUGUUGAAUUGCAAAGUGGCAAAUCCGUGUCUAAGUGGCCUUUUCAGGCAACAAAACUAAAGUAUCUGAACGGAAGAGUGUAUGCGCUAUCUGUUGAAGGUUUUGUGUCUGUAUUCCAAGUAGGAGAGCAAAAAGAAAUUUGCUCGAUCCAAUGUCAGCACUCUGAAAUUCUCCAAUUCACUUUUGUGAAGUCUAGCAUAAUCAUCGCAUGGCUCAAUGUAAACGAGCCCAAAUUCGAACAUAUAACGACCGAACAAAUUGGUCACAACAAAGAAAUCAUCUUUCGCCAAGAGGAGGAGGUUGUUUCAGCGUCAACUAUAGACACCGGCGUCGAACCCACCGCGCUCUUGAAGAAAGACUUGCUCAAAGUAGGUCAGUCAGGGGAUGUUCACGAAGAUAUCGUGAGUGUGUUUCUUCAACAACUGGACGGAAAGGACAACGAAUCCACUUUGCUCCAAACACUAAGCUCAGACUUGUGGACUGAUCGGCAAAUUAAAGAAAUGGUCAAUGGUAGACUUAGCGACGACCAUAUCAAUAAAAUCUUCGCCGUUAUAUCAAACGAAAUUGCGCGCAAUGCCUGGGCAACUCUCCCUUCCUGUGCCCUUUGGUUCAAGUGGCUGCUUACGCUUCGUCAUGGAACCGUAAUUAACGCUAGCGACAGUCGUUCAAGCAAGAAGGCGAAACAGAUUCGGGCAUCUUUGAGAGCGAGCAGCGACGUUUAUUCUUUGUUAUUGUCGAUGAAAGGCAAACUCGAAAUGUUAAGCGAGCAAGCUAAACUUCGGGAGGAGUUUGCCAGUAUGUCACUCGAUUCUAAGGCCUUGGACGGCGGUAUCAACGGUAUAGAGGGUGACCAACAGGCCGUGGAACCGAUCUACGUCAACGGGGAAGGUGACGAAUAUGUCGAUGCUCUAGACUAUGCUGGCUCGGCAACUAAGGUCAGCAGUGACAAGUAA